UGGCAGCGGACUGGCGGGCUUAGGCCGAGAAUGGUAUAAGAUGGAAGAGAGUGAAAGCAAGAUCGCUCUACUCCUCUCCCAUUUCACGGAUCUCCUGGCAAUGUGCAUUGCACAGCAGGAGGACAUCCACACUCUCGGCGACGCGGUUCAGACGCACAACCAGGCGUUUGAUCAAGUCAACAGCCGCCUCCAGCAGCUGGAGCAACGACCCGUCGCCGCCCCCGAUGCCAGCUCCUCCAACACCUCCGAUCGCCUCAAUGCGUUGGAGAUCAACGUUGGAACCCUCAAGGACGACGCGCAGCUACAGCAAACCGCCACGCAACAACUGGAGCAGCGGAUCUGUGCUACCGCCACGCAACAACUGGAGCAGCAGAUCUGUGCUGCCGCCACCACACCGAGUUCGGCACCGGGCGAGACGACUCCAAAGUUCGAUGGUCAGGAGAUCUUCUGCGAUUCGACGAAGACGGACCCGAUUCCGUGGUUCCGCAAGUUCGAGCUCAAGCUGCAGCUACACCACGUCAGUGAGCACAGGCAUCACAUGUACUUAUACUCCCGUCCGGGGGGCGCGUGCCAAGCAUGGUUGGACAAUCUCUUGUCCAAGUACGGGGUGGUAGCUGCCGACUUAUACACCAAGAUCAGUUGGGAUGAUCUAAAGGUGGUGUGGCAUACGCGGUUCCAAGUAGAGCCGCCGGAGAUCAAGGCAAUGGACAAAUUGAUGACCUUCGAACAAGGCACGCUGCCGAGUGUUGACUAGAUUGCCGAGUACCAACGCUUGACAUCCGUCCCAGACAUUGAGAUGGGCUUCAAGGCCGUCAAAAACUACUUCAUCUCGAGGUCGUGUCCGGCGUUGGGCAAUGCCUUGACUCACGUCGAGGACACCCUGACGACAACAAAAGAGCUCUUCGACA